UUAAAUAAUUUUAAAAGAAUAUAAAAUGUAAAAGUCUAAUUUUUUUCGCAAAAGAAAUAUUUAUUUUAAGCAUUAGAUAGUAUUCAUCGCGCGCGUGCAUAACAAUUCUCGAUAAAUUCUGUAUUCUCUUCUUAUCGAUUUAAUUCGUCUAUAACGGUAUACAUGUCGCUUUGUUAAUUUAGGUCAUUUAUUGAUGACUCUUUUGGUAUCCAUAUCUUCGUGCUUUGUGCUACGUUGUUUUAAUAAUGGUUCAUAAUUUGUACCGAUUUUAUCUGUGUAAGAAAGGAUAAUUAGUAUCGACGUUUUCUGCCAGUAAUUUAUACAGCAGAAAUUGCUUUCUGUCAACAUAUAUGAUCGCAUGAAUACCUGCAAUGUGUCCCUUAUAAACAAAUGACUGUUACAAAAUUUGCAAAAUUUUAUUUUUUUAUUAAAAAUCAAAUAAAAAAAAUUAUUUAUAAAGUACAUUUUAAAUGUUCCUUAUCGAUUUUAUUUCUUUUGAUCUGUUAUAAUCUGUUACUAGGAAAGUCUCGCGUACUUAAAAUGAACAGGUGUACCGUAUUCAUAAUACAAUUUUUGGUUCCGGUUAAUUAUUAUAAAUAAUGACCAUUUCCAAGAAAUCUUAUGUAUACACAUGUGUGAACCUACACACUUUAUCCAAAGAACAUCCUGAGAACGUUUUUAGGACAUCUCAUAAAAACAUAUAAAUAUAAAUGUAUAAUAAAUUAAAAUAUCUGCUAGUAUCUGAGAAAUAAAAAAUGUAUUAGAUGUAAUUAAGUCAAGUUCUUUUAGUGCUAUUUCAAUAGAUGAUUUUAAAAAUUGUUUGUGACAUGUUAAAUGUAAACGUUUCUUGAAUAUAUUAAGCAAAAUUUUUUUGUAACUUGUUACAAUUCAUAAAAGUAAAAAAAAAAUUAAAGAACAAAUUAUUAAUUAUCUUAGCAAGUUCUUAAUCAGGUAAUACAAAAAAAAGCUACACAGAAAAAAAUAAUUAAUUUUUUAGUAACUUUGAGUAAUUUUUACAUUGCAAAAAUAGUAAAAAUAUUCUGGCUAUUUUUGCCGAACUUACGACCAAACUUUACUUACUUGAAAAUAAAUAAAGAUACCAAAGACGUAAAAUGAAAAGUACAUUACAAUUAUAGUAAAUUCAUUCAAGCGAUUAUUAUUUUGCAAAAGAGAAAAGUAAAUUGUGCAUAAGUGGGCGCCUGUCUUUAUAUGGACCUUCCAGUUCCAUAAAAUUUAUUAGAAUUCUAGACCAUAUUACUUUACAUUUUCUCCGUAAAUAUUGAUAGCAAAAAUUAAAUAAAGCUAAUCUAACGAAAAUUAAUUAAGCAAGGCUUUAAAAAGAUAAAAAAUCUAUUGUGCCGUUCAUUGAUUACGUUACGUGAUGCAAUCGGAGACUUAAAAUUUACAAGCCUCUUGCAUAGUUCUACUUUUUGGAGUGUCUGUUGAUGCAAAUCGGGCACUAUAUUGUAUAUCUCAUAUGUUUAUUAAAAAUUCUUUACAAAACUAUUUUAUAUCAACGAAACAAUUUUGAUUAAAAAUAUCUUUGUUUUACAUUUAAUAAUCAAUGGAAACAUAUAUUCUAUUGCCUUGAAGAUGACUGUACAAUUAUUGUAAUUAAUUUAUCACGGUACGCAACGGCAAGCACGCGUAUUAUAUAUAAUUAACUCCAUCACAAUAAUUAAUUGAAAAUCUCCUUAGAAUCUCUUCGUCUGUAAUUAGUCGGACCAGAUUCACCAAAAAUAUUUGUCAGUCGGAAUUUUAUCUUGUCCCGAGGAUCCGGCAUUCAUUCUGAGAAAAUCCUUUCGGAAGUACGGCCGAUUUGUCACAGGCGUGCGAACUUCCAACUUCAGUAAUACGGAGGUAUGAAUGUACGUAAGCAUUCAAGAGCUAGUGAAAGGAGACGUCAUCACUGACUUUAAGUGGGAGGUAAAAGAGGAUAUGAACGUAGUUUUGGGUGGGGAGUGUGUGCGCUGCGGUGAGAAAAUUUGAAGCGCGAGAGGAGAACCUGGAUCGCUUGAUCAGGUGGAAAUCUUCCCGUUCUGCAAACAAGUUGCAUCUAUAUCGGAUAAUUUUAAAAAUUGAUAUGAAGAUCAAUUGGCCACAUACAUGGCAAGAAAGCUAAAAUACAUAUCAAAUUCACGAAUCACAAAGUAGAAGAAAUACGAAUACGAAUAUAAAAAAUAAUAUCUCGUAUGCAGUCGUACCAAGCUUUGACUCUGAAAAUAUUUUUAUCUAAUAGUGUCAACAUCUGACAACGAUAUUGUUGCAUAGAAAUGGCGAAAUACAUCGUAAUAGUUAGUAUUAACGUCAUCAUCAAUACUAUCAGCAUCAUUGUUGUGUCUACGGAAACAUAUAUGCACGUACUGACGUUGCCGUGACGAAGAAUCGCGACCUACCAUUAUUAACAUCGUUCAUUAAUGCCAUGAACUUUUCACAAUGAUAACGAAGAUGCUACGGACGUAAGAGAUUCUCGACCGGGGAUAACGAAUCGUGUCACGCCUUCGUCGACAAUUAGCGGAAUCGCGCGUAUGGCCGCGCUACUGACGCACACAUUCAUGCGCGCUCUACACAGGCGGAAUGUUUCUAUGCUAUAAUUACCUUUAUCGACAGAUUCAUUUUAUCUGUAACAAUACAUUUAUAUGUUGCGAUUUUUACGAAGAACAUGAAUCAACUACGUACAGUUCUACGACGUGAGGACGAAAAAAGUGUUCACGUGCCAACAAGGAUAUCUUUCGCGUAAUUACGAUUUCAAUAUAAUAACUGAACAUUUUUAUUUUAAUUCUAUUUUCAUCUUAUCAUUAUAUUGCAAAUUGCUUAAUUUUAACAAGUGAUAUCAAUAUAUAUGUGUUAAAGUAGAUUUUGCUUACAAACAAAAUUGCUUCGACAAAGUAAAUAAUUUAUUAGACAAAUAAUAAAUUAUGGAGAUGUAUAAUCGGAAAACAUUUAAGAAUAUUGAUGCAACUACUUAUCUAAAUAUUUCAUACUUUGUUCUCUUGAAUAGAGGAUUUUCUUUUUCCUCGAAUUGAAACUUUAUGUUAAGAACUUUUAGUCUUAUACAUGUAUAAUACAUAAAAUAAAAUGGAGUCAUCUCUUCACGAUACUUGGAUCUCAAAUCAAUCUUAACAAAUUUUAAUUGCCAAGUGCAAUAAAUCUCAGUAUCCAUUUGAGAUGCUCGAAAUCACCAGAGAGGCUCGAGAGAUGAAACUAUAAUGUACGGCAGGUCGAUCGUGAGUCGACGUUAGCAUCGUUGGAUGAGUAUUGCCUACUACGUACACAUAGUGGGGACAGAUUAAGGAGGGGAUACAAAGUUGAUCGCGGGGAGUUAUGAAUGAGUCGUGAGUCCUGUACUACCAGAUCUUAAAUAGUGGGGGUAGCGUUGGAGGACCAACGUGCAGGAGAAGGGAAGAGAUGAUGGACGAAGGAGGUGGCGGUGGCGGCGACGUUGACGAAGAGAAGGAGAAAGAAUAUAAGACGAGAAGAGGUGAGCAACUAAGCGCGGGUGAUCGAGGAAGGGCGGGAAUGGUGGGAAGAUCGGCCGAAAGCGGGGUGCGGGCCACGUGCUCGGUGACUUUACAGACAAUCGUAUAUAGGCACCGGUCGACGGAGUGGCCAGUACCAUACACUGACAGUCAUACACCGGGGGCGCACGAGGUGAUAGAAAGAGUGAAAGAGUUGCUGUUCUUCGAACAGGAAGAAAGAGGGAGGAAGGAAGAAAGAAAGGGAAAAAGACAACGGAAAGGGGACGAAAGAGAAUACAAUAGAUAAAGACUGCACGACAGCGAGAGGCGAUCCUACGUACGUCCAAGGCAGACGGAUAGACCACCACUACCGUUCCCCCUUAGACAAGCUCACUCCUACUAUAACGACAAACGAUUUGCUUCGCUCGCCUUCUUAUCCUGUCUAUUCGCUUGAUUGACCGCGUCUCUCUUCCUCCGUACCUCGGAUACGACAAAUCAUUCAGUGACCGUCCAGCAUCUUUCCAAAGCAAACUUACCUUUUUAAUUAGAAAGUGAAACACAUGAAGGCCCCUGUGAAGGCGUGGGAAACGAUAAAGGAAGGAAACAGACGAUCGGGAGCGAGGAAGUAACAGUGAAGGGGACAACCAGAGAGGGAGAAACGUAAAAAAAAAAUAGAGGAAAACGCACGAGGGCCACCCUUAACAGUGGAUAUCUCUCUGAUUCUUUUUUUUUUUCUUGAAUACCCCCGCCACCUUAUCAAGCACCCACCCCCCCCCCUCUUUCUCUCUCAGGAUUCCACAACCCCUCUACCCCCCUCAUAUAAGAAUCAGUGCAUCGCGUGUGCUGGGACCAGUGCCAAACGGAUUGUGAAUCUGUGCAGACUGUUUUUCGAUUGUGACAACCCUUCGAGUAAUCGGAAUCGGUGCCGUAACGUAGGACCGAACGUUUCUGAGCACAUUCAUACGCACCGUUCACAGUAUCCAUGUCUAUAUACAUAUGCAGAUAUAUAUGUAUAUAACGCACGUGUAUCUAUUACUUAUAUACAUCGCUGACGUGAAGAGACCCGUGAGGAGUACACCGGCUUUACUCCUGCCUUGAGGCUGUGCGUUCGCGAGUGCCCACGUGAUAGUGCUAUGCGAUCACGAUGAUUGUGAAGAACGCGAUAGAGAAUCAAUCGAUGCCAAUGGAGAUCAUACUCGCCCGCGAUCAGAGGACUACGUCCCACCGGGUCCAUGACCAUACCAUGCGAGUCAACGCGCUGACAUCGAAGUCGGCGAUCCCGUCUUUGCAACAGACUAAAUAUCAGGACGACAUUGUCACGAGACAUCAUUGCAUCAGAGCGAUAACCGCGAAAACGCUUAAACGAGAGAAAAAGAGUGAUUCGCAUCUCAUGCCAACAUUUUAUCACGAUCGGAGAACACGACAUUCUAAUGCAUCCUUCAGCGUACUCAGAUCUCUAAGGUUAGGCAGUGCAUUGCUGAUACUGCUAGCGCUAUCGGUGCGAAGUGCUCCCGCCAUGAAUUCAUCCAGCAAAACGGAUGAUAUGAAAUGGGUGAAUCCCUGUGGCGUCUCUACCAAAUUACGAACAAACGGCUCCAAUCCGGACAUUGCUCAGUUGGAGGACCAUGAUCUUCUCAAUCAAAUAGUACUCCAAGCGAGAACAGCAUUGAAGCACGCGCAACUUUUUAGAGACGAUUUUAUCAGACAAACAUUCAAGACGGAUUUCGCCAGCCUUCAUAAUUUGUGGAGGAAAAAUCAUUACGCUUGGCUGCCUACACGAUCUGAAAUACCCAAAGAACUGGGAGAGGAACUGGACGAGAUGCAUCUCGACACAUUGGAUAUUAACAAGGCUCUGGUCGACGCAUAUGAAUAUAUGCAGAAAUAUGCGGUGGGCUUAGAGCAGGUAGUCUUGGAUCAAAAGGACUAUCAGCCUAAAUAUCAUCAGAAAUUCACGGAAGCCGAAUGGAAACUUCGAGCGGUUCUUUGUGAGAUCCAAGUUGCUUUAGAAGAGCGUAGCGUAACGCGACGACCGGACGUCACUCGAGAUGUCAUGACGCCUGAUUUCCGAACGAUGACGGAUAUGACGUUCCGUGACCUGCGUGACUGGUUGAUUUUCCGUGAAUAUAUGAAUGGCCUCGAGUACGUGAUCCAAGUAUUUUCGCAUCUACGUUUACGCCUAUAAUGCGCAAUCCUAAAGAUCUGUACGGCGAAAGCCGAAGAAGGGCUACCAGGGCGUCUCUCAUGUCGAAAAAUUAGUGACGCCUCCAUUUUCCUGAGAUGACAUAGGGAAGAGGAUAGAAGGAGCAGAGAGUAUCAUCUUCUGAUUAUCAUGCCAUCGGAAGGACACGAUUUUGAGAAAAUGUGCAACAAGGAUUGGGUUAUUUGUUGGUAUCGACGAUAAGGAACAAUUGAUAUUGUCGAAUCGACUAAUAUACCGCAUCAUAAUGUCCACUUCUAUCACUCUGAGAUAGAAAUCGUCAAUGUUCCCGAUAUCUCAUCAUCAUCUUCGACACUCUUUUAAUGGUACAUUAUGCGGUACCGGACACAGAACAGAGUAAAGAAGAAAAGGAAACAAAGAUUAAAAAACCGCGCCAUAUCGUUGGCCCAUAGGCUUUCGCCGUUGCAAUUCACGGCAACAUAAACAUAAUCAUCCAUAUUCACAUACCACACAAACUAUGAUUUCGCGCGAAGAUGCCCUACAAACGCGCGUAUAAUUUUGAUUUUAUAUGCAAGAAAGUAGGUAUAUAUAUAUAUGUAUAGAUUCAAUGGCUCAAUCAUUCAACACGAAUGUAAAAUAACUUUCGUUGAACGUAAAAUAAUUCUCGAGAUAACAAUCACGAUUAUCUACAACCUGAGAACGUGAUAUCCGUUAGGCUCGAUAUAAUUGUUCUUUCAACAUGUUAUUAACAUUGAACACGGCUGUAAUUUAAUUGGCUUAAUUUUCACUAAGCUCUCAAGAUUUUUAGUGAUACUUGUCAAUACGAAUAAGAUUUGUAACAAUCAGCCCUACUAAGUGAUUGUUACACGAAAUAUAAUACACGUAAGAUUGGGGCGAUCGAUGAGAGUUAAGAGUUGUCACACGAAAAUUUCACGAAAAAUUUCAAAUUGAUUUUUUUAGCAUGAAUAUCCACGUAAUGUUUUGCUUAUCGUAGUAGUAUGAACAUUUAUGAUACCUAACAUUACGAAUUCUAUGCUCAGUGCGUAAAGAUGAAAAUGAUUGUAAGUUGGGAAAGAAAGUAGCUAAUAGAAAAGACUCUUGCUGUAGGUUCAUAAUGAAACGUAAUAUUUUGAACCUCGCAGUAAUUUAGAUCUCUUGUGAUUGGAUGAGCGUAUGUGUUACAUUAUGCACACAAAAAUCCCACAACACUGUUGAAAAGGCCUCUCUUCGCUAGCGAUUCAUAUUCCAUACACAAUCUUAUAUAAUAAUUUAUUGACUAUAUAUGUAUAUGUUUAUAUAUAAUAUAGUACAUACGAUAUUAUAUAUACAACAUUAUAUAUAUGAAAUAUUAGUAUAUCCAUAUUUAUUCAGAUUAUUUAUUUUAUUUUUAUAAAGAUUUUACACUUCGAUUAAUUGUAUUUAAAGUAUCUAGUUGAGCUUAAAAGUGCCUAGUGUAUAUGAAAGAAAGAAGGCUAUAUCACAUUUAAGACCCUGUACAUACGUGCAAUUAUUUUGCCAGUAUGCGGGGUUUCAUUAUUACUAUCAUCGCGUGCAAAAGGAGAAGAACGCAUCCGCGCGACGAACGUCAUUUCGUGUGUCGUGUGUCGCGCUGUUGCUAUUGCUUCUCUUCUUGACGUACCUUCGCAGGGUAUGAGAACUCUAAUCAGAAACUUAACGAGGCUCGUUAAUUUCGCACUUUUGAUCGCAAUUAUUUCACUCGCGCAAAUGAGAUCCUUCUAGUAUUAUAUUUUACUCGAUAUUAUUCUUUUAAAAAUAUUCUUUUACGUAAUCUUUUUUUUUUAUGCAGACAUCGACUUUUUAUUAAUAAUAUGCGAGACUGUUGAAGACUAUUGGCAACAGGGUAUAUCAUACAUAUGAAGUUUUUCUUCAUCAAUUCAAAUUUAUAAUUUUAUUCACGAUUCCAUCAUGAUACUAUUUUAUGACAAUCAAUAUAUAUUUUUUUACGCGUACGAUAUACAUUUUUAUAUCACGAUCUACUCCAUUUAAAAUAUUUUUAUAAAUUUCUAAAUCAGCUAAAUCAUGUUCUAAUAUGUGUGUGCAUAUAUAUUGUAUAUAUACACACAUAUCUUACCCCCUUGCAGUCUUCAAAACUAAUACCAGAAGAACUUUUUUGGUACUUACAUAGUCGUGUGAUCGUCCUUUCCGGUUACACUAGAAAGUUACUGUGCGAUCAUUUGCAAAUAAAAAUACAUCCAGAUAUGCAUUAUCAUACUUAAUUUCCACGUCAGUCGCAACAUAUAAAUCAUAUGUACAAGUCCGAAGUAUCAUCGACGCAAUUUAAUGCGCAAAUCAUUAUUUAUACGCACACAUACAUUGCAUAAAAUAUAUUUUUAUUUUCUUAUCAUCGCGUCUGUGAUAUGCAUCCUAGAACAUCCCUCAGGCGACUAAUCGUUUAUUUUCGAAUCGAUCCACGCUUGCUUCCAUUCCAACAAAAAAAGAGACAGAGAAAAAGAAAGAGAGACAAAAAGAACAAAUAGUAGUUAAAUGUUUAUAUAUCAAACUUCUAUCUAUUACUUGUAUUCUUGAAAUUAUUAUUUAUUAUUUUAAAAAAUAUACGCUCGAAUGCACUAAUAAAUUCAUUAUUUUAUAAGUACUUUUCUUAGAGGUUGAAUUAAUCUUGCAAAGAUUUUGCAAAUUUUAAUAAACACAUGUUUUUUUAGAAAAUAUAAUAUAGCAAUGUUAAAGAUCCAAGAGUCGAUUGAAAUUAAAUUUGUUUUUUAAAAAUAGAUUUGAUAAUUUUUAUAACACUUUGAACUCAUUUCUCUGUCUCUUUUUAUCACAAUAUGAAUUGUAAAAAAUGCAUGGAACAUAUAGAUUAAUUACCAGCGUGAGAAGCUAUAUACGGUCUAUAAAUGUUAUCAUUUAUUGCAAAAUUAGAUAAUUCCCAUAAUUGUAAAUAAGAAAAUAUCGUGCAGGACCGUGAAGAUAAAAUUUUAGUAAUAGGAUAAUCGCGUUCUAUAUAUCGCGACACAAGAUAAAUUGAAUUUGGAUUACUAGUGCGAUCGCUUCAUGUAUUGUACACAAACGAUCUGAUAAUAUAGUUUAAUAUAGUAAUAAACUGCAAAUUACAAUUUUAUGUAUAAAUAUGUAAUCUGGACACGAGCCUCUCUCCUCAGAAUGCUCGUUCUGUUGUAGCAUAUUAAACCAAAGAUCGUUCGAUA